GAGAGAGAGAGAGGGGGGGGGUUGCCAGGUGGCCGGGCGGCCGGGGCUAGGUGGGUGAUCAGACAAAUGACAAGUGUCACAUGACAGGAUCCCGCCUCUCCCUCCCUGUGCCCAUGUCAGUAUGUCAAGGGCAUGAGCCCCCGCUGGCAAACCCCACUGCGGCAUUCCCCCCCCCCCCACUUUUAUUUAUAAAUGUACUUCUACCCUUCCCUCUUCACUGCCCUUCUUUUUUUUUUUACUUUUUUUAUGUGUAUAAGCAGCUUCUAUAUUACUUCUGGCUUGUCUCCAUACAUACCCCCCCCAGCCCCCCUGAGCCCCGACAUGGUCGGUCAAAAGGAGGCGGUGGAUCCUUUAGUGGGGUGAAUUUCAAUUUCCAUGCCCCCACCUUCUGUGAUACUGUCAAGGUGAGGUUGUGUCCUCUUGUUAAGAGCGAUUAAUGGCAGUCGUUAUGUACAUAAUGAAAUAUCCCGGACCAGACCAUUCUCACACUACGGGGAUGUACCGGGGAAAAAAAUGUCAAUCAUGCUUUUUCUUGCUUAGACGUCACAUCACAAUUCUCUUGAGGCGCAUACAGGACUGUAAUCUAUUUGCGAUGGUGGGUUGCAUAGUAGUCAAAUAAUAAAUAAUAAAUAAUAAAUAAUAAAUAAUAAAUAAUAAAUAAUAAAUAAUAAAUAAUAAAUAAUAAAUAAUAAAUAAUAAAUAAUAAAUAAUAAAUAAUAAAUAAUAAAUAAUAAAUAAUAAAUAAUUAAAAUGGUUGCUGUUUUUGUGGUUGGUUAUGGCCUAUUUUUAGUUUUUAAAAUCAAUUUUUAAGCAUACAGGACUGUAAUCUAUUUGCGAUGGUGGGUUGCAUAGUAGUCCAAUAAUAAAUAAUAAAUAAUAAAUAAUAAAUAAUAAAUAAUAAAUAAUAAAUAAUAAAUAAUAAAUAAUAAAUAAUAAAUAAUAAAUAAUUUAAGACUACAUUGAACAUUUGCGCCCGCAAUUUAAAAAAAAUAAUUAAAAUGGUUGCUGUUUUUGUGGUUGGUUAUGGCCUAUUUUUAGUUUUUUUAAAUCAAUUUUUAAGAAUAAAAAUGAAUGAAAAUAAAUAAUAAAUGAAGACAUUAGUCGUCCCUGUGCACUACAUUGAACAUUUGUGCUUUUUAUUUGCUGCUUAUUUACUCUUGUUAUAUCGACAAUUAUGUAAGUAUUAUGAGAGCGAAGGUAUUUAAAGCCGCCAUUACAAUACAUUGAGACAGUAGCCAACACAGGAAGUACGCUGUCAAGAAAGAAACGAUAAACCAUCAGAAUUCUGUGAAUGUGUGAGUCUGUUAUGUCUAACUACUGUACGUCUACUAUUAUGUCAUACAUAGUGUAAAGGUGACUAUAGGGGUGUUAUUUUAUACCGAGAGGGCUCUAAUAAGGGUCUGAAUUGUCAAGUUGUUUUUUUUAGUUAUUGUGUGAUGAAUCAAUUGUCGUCGCAGAUCCAGUGCCCAUGAACUCUUGUUACAUUAUGCCUUUUUUUAUAUUUUCUAUUUUUGAUAUGUAUAUUUUUUGCUAUAAUGUGCCAAAAAUAAAUUAAAAAAAAACCAAGCUGAUGUUGGGACACCCCUGGUUUACAUAUUUGACUUGGGAGAGUUUUCAGCUCAUCGUCUUCUGUAACCGCUUGUAUUGAUGACCAAAAAAAUGCGGUGGAAUUCGGACAUGCCGACACCUAAACAGGCAGCGAUAAAUCAAUUUGUGGCGGCUCCAAUGAAUUUGUGGCAGUCCCAUCGCAAAUAAAUAAAUAGAAUGUAUGGGAAAUCCGGACUCUUCUGCUUGCUGUUCUUUAUGGGAGGUCCUGAAAUGAUGGCUGACUUUCUUAAUGGGAAUAAUUAAUUAAUUUGUCCUGGCUGGUGAGGCUUCCCAGGGGCACAGGGAAGGGGGGAAAAAAAUUGUAUUUUUUUUUUUCAGUGAAUCAAAACAACCCUGACAUCAGUUUCACAUUCCUAUUGGUGUACUUGAUAUAUGUAAGUGAGCAGCGCUGUACUGGGAAUACAAUGUUACCGCCUCGAGGCAAAGUUGCCGUGUGUUUGAUAUCGUGUAAAGGCCCUGUCAAUCCUGGGAAUGUUUUUUUUUUCCUUGCUUGUGACACGCACUCUACUGCAUCUCCCAUGUGACGCGUCCCACCAGACAGAUAUGAGACUCCCACCGAGGCGCGUUUUGACUUGCGUAGAUCACAAUUCUCUUGAGGCGCAUACAGGACUGUAAUCUAUUUGCGAUGGUAGGUUGCAUAGUAGUCCAAUAAUAAUAAAAACUAAAUAAUAAUAAAUAAUAAAUAAUAAAUAAUAAAUAAUAAAUAAUAAAUAAUAAAUAAUAAAUAAUAAAUAAUAAAUAAUAAAUAAUAAAUAAUAAAUAAUAAAUAAUAAAUAAUAAAUAAUAAAUACAUGAGUCGUCCCUCACUACAUUGAACAUUUGCGCCUGCAAUUUUUAAAAAAUUAAUUAAAAUGUUUGCUGUUUUUGUGGUUGGUUAUGGCCUAUUUUUAGUUUUUAAAAUAUUUUUUAAGCAUACAGGACUGUAAUCUAUUUGCGAUGGUGGGUUGCAUAGUAGUCCAAUAAUAAUAAAAAAUAAAUAAAUAAAUAAUAAAUAAUAAAUGAAGACAUUAUUCAUCUCUCACUACAUUGAACAUUUGCGCCCGCAAUUUUUAAAAAAAAUAAUUAAAAUGGUUGCUGUUUUUGUGGUUGGUUAUGGCCUAUUUUUAGUUUUUAAAAUCAAUUUUUAAGCAUACAGGACUGUAAUCUAUUUGCGAUGGUGGGUUGCAUAGUAGUCCAAUAAAAAUAAAAAUAAAAAUAAUGAAUAAAAAUAAUAAAUAAAAAUAACAAAUAAAAAUAAUAAAUAAAAAUAAUAAAUAAAUAAAUAAACAAAUAAAUAAAUGAAGACAUUAUUCGUCCCUCACUACAUUGAACAUUUGCGCCCACAAUUUAAAAAAAAUAUAUAUUAAAAUGGUUGCUGUUUUUGUGGUUGGUUAUGGCCUAUUUUUAGUUUUUAAAAAUCUAUUUUUAAGCAUACAGGACUGUAAUCUAUUUGCGAUGGUGGGUUGCAUAGUAGUCCCACCAGACGCGUCCCACCGGACAGAUAUGCGACUCCCACCGAGGCGCGUUUUUGACUUGCGUAGUAAAUUUCGAUGUAAUGUUGUUCUUUUUAAACUUGACCUUGUCUGCUUGUUAUGUGUGUGUGUGUGGGGGGGGGGGGUUGUAUUAUGUGUUGCUCAUACUGUGUGUGUUUCUAGGACAAGACUACUGGCUUUCCUGUAUGUUUUAUUUUUUUUAUUUUGACCCGCUGUGGUUGCGUCUAUGUGUGUAACACCAAUUCAGUGCCCCGAGUCAAGCUGUGCGAGCUCUUUUAAUCCUAUGCUCCGCUGCACGUAGGCCUGAUUAGUGGCAGCAGUUAUCUGUGCAAGAAGACAGCCCGCCCUCCUUUAGCAUUUGGUCAGGUCUGGGGCACUAAGGGGGGGGGGGGGGUGUCAAGUCAUGAGAAAGGUGAACGGGGAAGGAGAAAGGCUGCGUUGAAUACAUAGCACGAACAAGGCAAGAGGCGGAACGCUGAUUAGUAUUCCGAAGGAGCGCUCCCUGCCAGUAGAGCAAAUUGAUUACUGCACUUUACCUGUAUCGGCCUCCACAGCUAAGGAUGACAAGGUCCCUCGGUGGAAGAUGUGCAAAGCUCCAAAGAUUUGCCACUGACGAAAAAACAUCCACAGUCAUGGCAUUUGUAUACAUCUUUAUAAGGAUAUCUCCGUGAUUUCCGACAUUCCUGGUGUUACGAUAUUACCCGGAUUCCCGCUAAGUAUGCUCGGUGUUUCACCGCAGCGUUGACUGUGUCCGCCGCCACAGUCACGGAUCAAAUUUUUUUGGAUAUCUCGGAAGUGCAAAGCAGAUGACCGAGUGGACAUUUGUUUCUCCGUAGCGCUGCUGGGCAUUACGAGGGGAUCCGAGUAUUGAACAUGACUCAUGGGGAGGAGCCUGGCCCUGAAACACACAAGGAUUCAGCUGUUUUAACUUAUCUGGAAGGUUUACUGAUGCAUCCAGUGGUGGCCGGGCCUGGGGCCACGGCAAGCAGGAGGUCCGAGGCUGCCCACAGCAACCAGGAUCAGGGCGACAAGGCGGGGGCGACAUUUCAACUGCCGACUCUUGGCCCGACUGCUCCCAAAGUCGGAAGCAACGGACCGGCUUCACAGCACUUGAAGAAGGCGCGGCUGCUGCGUUCGGGGGCGUGGAAUGAUCCCGGGAACCAGCGUUUGAGUUCACCGCCGGUGGAGCUUAACGGGCAAGCGGUCGGGCUUCAAAAUGGGUCACGGGAGGGUUCUCCUCAGGGCGGGGAGAGUACGCUUUUGGCGUCACUGCUUCAGUCGUUCAGCUCGCGACUUCAGAACGUGGCGAUGUCGCAGCAUAGUAAUAAACCGCCCAGCGAGUGCUCGUCUCCGUGCGGCGCCCCGCCGCCGGACAAAGAGCCGCCCCCCGUUUAUGGUACGGCGUCAAGUCGCUUGAAGGGUUUAAUGAGAACAAGUAAACUUCAAAAUCACAGCAAAACCCCGUACAGUCGCCGUGGGAACAGUCACGACAGACCGCCGGAAUCACCCCGGGCGGCACACAGCGCCACGCCCCCAUCCGCAACCACCGCUUCCGAAUCGGUAUCCUGCGCAGAGCGUUUGAAGGCCGUUGCUAACAUGGUGAAAAUACGUUCCAGCCCCGCGCCUUCGCCUAAACCAAGCGUCGCCUGCAGUCAGCUCGCCCUUCUGCUGUCCAGCGAAGCCCAUCUCCAGCAAUAUUCCCGGGAGCACGCGCUCAAAGCUCAACUCUCCGGAAGAUCUGCCAGCGAGAGACUCGCCGCCAUGGCAAACCAGCAGCACGGCCUGGAGAAAAUACCCGGGAACAUGCCGGGAACGUCAGAGACGCUAAGCUCUACGAAUGUCAUCCCAACAUCAAACACGGUCUCUCGAACAACCGUGUCCAGUCCACGGAGCCCCGCUUUGCUGUGUGACCACACCCGAAACUCAUCCCCCACGCCGCCGCGCAAUCUAAGCAACAUUCCCGGCCAAUCAACUCGGGAAAAACGAAGCUUUGACUCUCGUCCGACUCGCCCGCCGCAAACAUGUAGCAGUUUACUGUUGCUGCUACUCAACAAUCACAACAACCAGAAACAACUCACGAAAAAUGGACAUCUGGAGGACGGCUACGGCGUUCUGCCGCCCAGCGGAUCCUCGUCCGUUACGUCAGACAGCGAAUCCUCCACGCAUGAGAAGACCCUGACUAAGGACAGCAGCGACGCGGAGAGUUCCUACUCGAGCUGCUCUCCCAUGGAUCUUUCCAUGAGAAACCGGGCCAACAAACAAGACAAGGGACAAAGUCUUCCCAUUCCUUGUUCCUCCUCUGCAUCCUUUUCCUCGUCCAAUGCGACGACUUACGGCGAUACGACAUUUUCACCACCGCCCAUUCUUGCGUCUUCUGCAUCUUCCUCGUCUGUAUCAACGUCCCCUUUGGAAAAACUAACUGAAUCCUUAAUUAAAAAGUGGAAGCCCGAUACGUCGGGAAUAAACACAACGAAGAUCAAAGAUCAUGAAAUGAACUCAGACCUGAAAUCCAAGUCUAAGGUCACUUUAAUGCAGCUUCUUCUCGAGCGCAGAAAUAACGACAUAGCUAAUAAGGCGACAGAUAAGGAACUCCCACUGGAUAUCACGAUGGCUACGAUGUCUCAGAGUCAACCCAAAGGACUCGUACCCUGGGAGGAGUCUCGGACAAAAAGCCCAAUCGAGAAACCCAUAGUCCCGGCACCGCCGCCGCCGUUUGCGCUCAGUCGAAGUGGUGCGUUGUCCCCGUACCCUCCAUCCCCUCAGGUCCAGUCCGGUCCGUUGGAUUUGUGCAAGUCUAAAGUCCUCCCUGCUGAGAAGGCUAAAGAGCCGGCCUUCAGUGCCAGUAAACUGUUACAAAAUCUGGCUCAGUCUGGGAUUGCUUCAUCGUCUCCGCCAAUCCCAUGCGGCAAAGCGUUGGGUCCGGACCUUGAUACCGGCAGACCCUUAUCCUCGUUAGAAAGACUCAAUGCUCCGGUCAACAGAACCACACCCGUUCCGCUUCCUGAAGGCACACCUUUAAACCGACAUGAAACGUUUCCUCCUUCUUCGCAGAUCGAAAACCUUUUGGAGCGACGCACUGUGCUCCAGCUCCUCCUGGGGUCGGGUUCGAAUACUUCCUCAGUGCACCGCAAGGACAUACCGGUCGGGAUUAGUCGGAGUGCAGACUCGGAAGGCGUUACCAAUGACAGCAGUCCCGGCAUCUCAAACAUCCGCGACAGCUCACCCGUUCCGACGGUUAACGUGAGGGUGAAAACGGAGGAAGUGGCACCGUCUCCGGCUGAGAUCUUCAUCGGCAGAAAGAGACGGAGCAGCUUUGAGAAACAAACCCCCCCACCUGAUGAUCAGGCGGACUUAAAAGCAAAACAUCGACCGGUGGAAGUCAUUGCGAAAUACGGUUUGCUUAGCCAGUUGCUUAAACAACAAACCGCUACUUAUUACAGUAGCGCCGUUGUGCAGACCGAGUCCCAACCGAGGUCGGUCAAGGAGGAAACUAAAGACUAUCCCAGUCCAAGUCCCAAGAAAAGACAUCUGGGAUCGGAACCGACUGACGCAUCGACCAAUACCGGCUCUCCGAGAACCUUUGAAAGAGGCAACACCAUGUUUGCCUCGUUCGGCGGUCAGGAUGAGCCUGAAAAACCGAGGAAUCUCAAGGAAGAGGAUCUUCCCACCAGGAGCCCACCGGCAGAACCCUUUCCCCGAGAGAGUCGGGGGUUCAAUGUUCUGAAACAGUUACUCCUCUCCGAUAACUGCCUGAAGGAGUUGUCCCAGGAGUCCCGCGGGGGGCCGUCCAUCCUGCAGACGAACGGCAGAGCUAACGGUAGCCUCAUCGGUCAACCGGCCCAGAACCACAACUUCCUUCAUCUGCCCAGCUGGCACCCCCAUGCUUCGGUCAACUCAGGGCUUCCAAGUCAUGUCAGAACAUUGUCUGCCCCUCCUCCGGUAGGCGACGGCCCCCGAGGUCAUCAUCCGACACAAAAACGGGACCCGCCUCAUCUGGUCAAACAGGAACCGGAGAGUCCCGUCCGAUGGAGUAGUCAAGGGAACGAUGAGGACUCAAACCCGGACUCUCCUCGCCUGUCCCGUUCUAAUCCCAUUCUGUACUACAUGCUCCAGAAGGGCAGCGUUCAGUUAAGAAAGGAGUCGAAGGACCAAGCGCACGGAACUCGGACUACGGUCCAUGUUAAAGAAGAACCGGUCGGCGACGUUCAUGUCUACGAACAAAGUCUGAGCUCCACGCCGCAGUCGCCGACACACCGCCAUGACAAGCACAGCCAGGAGAAGCGGAGUCUGAGUCACGAAUAGACGCAAAAAAAGUCACAUGUUUUAUUUCUGUCCUUCAUUACCGCAAAAACGGGUGCGUCUUUUGCUAAACGUUCGAUUUGAAUCGCCCACACGACGCACAAAGUUAACUAAAACUCUGCAGAUUAAGCUUUUAUUUUGAAGAGCAUUAAUUUCACUGCAGUUCUUAUCCGAGGCUUUUCAUUGGUUGAAUAAAUCCUCAUUGUUGCCAAGCAUAAAACAUUAAACUAGAACAUUUCAACCUGAAUUUAUUAUUCAUGACUCCAAAAAUAGUAACACUCUAUUCGGCGGACAUUUUAUUUUAUUUUUCGCCAUCAAAACACUAACGCUAACUAAGAGUGCCAUUAACGUUUUUAUAGUAGUCACAAGUGUCGAAAUUGACGGAAAAGGAAGGCCUUGAAUGUUUCGGUUAUUCACUCAAAAGUGUAAAACAACGGCAACGGAGUGAGACACAAUGUUUUUGACUUUUGUUUUUAUUUCGAUUUAUUUUUCGAACGGUGCAAAUUCAGGGAAGUGGGAAGUGUUUGCGGAUUGGUGCGGUUCUUAGCUACCUAGCCUUAGCGGUGGUGCUUUCAAGCUCUUCUGGAAAAGAGGUUUCUGGAAAAAAAAAAAGGUCUGCAGGAGUCUUGUCAAAUUUAAGCUUACCACCCGACACAACCCCCACCCCCGUCCCCCGUCCGCCCCUUUUAAGUGGAACGCACCAUUUAUAUUUGUGCACACAGCGUUUGAAUAUCAAGCACAUUGGCUUUAUCUCUUGAUUAUUUUAUAUGAAGGAGAAGACCGGCCCUCCUUGUCCUUUACACAAUAAUUCAAUGGCAUGUGGUAAAAAAAAAAAAAAUGUCAAGUGUUAUCUGUUGGCAAUUUUUGACAGCUAGUGACCCCCCCCCUCUCUCUCUCUCACCCACUUCCAUUUCUUAACUGUUGUGGUUUAUGAAAACGUAUGUGGCUGUCUAUUGAUUCAUUUUAAAAUUUAAAAAAAAAAAAAAAAAAAAGAAAACGAAGUGCAUGAUAACGACGAGAAGACGGCGGGUACAUCUUUGUUCUGGAAAAAAAAAAAAAAAAAAACACAGAUUGUACUGUAUUCUUUUCAUUUCAACUUCACUUGCUGCUUUAUCCAACUGAGUAUUGUGAUCUUUUACUACAUCUGCAUAUUAUUAUGAAUACAUUUUCACAAUGGUUAAAUGUAUUUGUGUAAAUAGUACUUUCAGUAUGAAAGAUGACUAUUUUGUAAUGUUUAAGCAAAGAUAUGACCCUAGUUUUUAAUGCCCUGAUAUGUAAAUAUGAAUUCUAUGCGUACAAGUGUACAUACAAAGGCAAGAGGAUGAUAUAUCCUUUUUUUUUUUUGUUUGUUUUUUUGUUUUUUUUUGCUCGAAUGGUUUGUUCUUUGCAUGUGUCUCUAUGUGGUAAAUGAUAAUCUAUCCUGCACUGUGUUGUGUACUAAUGUCUGACUCUCCUCACUGCUGCCUGUUGCAUGCAGACGCAUGGGAACUACCUUUGUAUCCCGAUUGGUGGUGAUGAUGAUGAUGAUGAUGAUGCGGGGGAAAUGUUAAGUCUUAAAAAAAAAAAAAAUUGCGCUCUUUUUUUUUUUUUUUUUUUUAUUAAAUCACACCGAAAGGUUCUUUGAGAAUCUGAAUGGUCCUUAAAUAACCACAGAGUGUUGAACCAGUUGAUGAAAAUGUGUGAAGAAUAUAAAAACGUGCAUUGAAUAUUUUUUUCUGUUACUGGUUAACAAAAGCUCUGUGAAAGGGCUAUAGUGGGGGAAAUUGACGUACAAUCAUAGAUCUGCAUUGUGCAUCGAAGAAUUUGUAGCAGCAAAUAUUUAAAAGAUUUUUUUUUUCAUGUGAAGACCAGAAGCAUAAUUUCAUUUUAUAUGUUUUCAUUUUUUUUUGGUGUUCAUUUGCACUGAUAUCUCUGAAAUAAAGUUGUAAAAUGCAUGA